AUGACCGGAAUCACAGAAGGGACUGAAUUAACAUGUGGACCCCAGAUUAAGGAGACCAGAACCAGAGAGCUGAAACCGAUUGGGUCCUACUCCACCCUGAGCACCAUCGCCAUCCAGACCAGCCGGACCCAGAUCGUAAUCUCCGUUCUGCAGGUUGCUGGAUCGGGUCAGAACCUGCAGUCAGGGGAGAAACAGACGACACUGGGACUCCAGAAAACUAAAACCAAGCUGCAGACUCACCUGUUCCAGAUCCAGCAGGACCAGGAGAAUGAGAUGUUCUGCAGGAGGUACCAGGAGAAACUCAUGAAGACCCUGCAGGACCUGAAGUGUGUCUCAGAGAUGCUGGACUCCUGCACCCUGAUAGAUCUGGGUUCAGACCUGCAGACCUCCAGGAUCCUGGACUGCUUCAAACAGGCAGAGCCACAUUUCAGGCAGCUGGACACUGAGGUAGACCACAUGCUGCAGAGUCGGGACCAUCUGACAAGAGUCCAGAUCCACCUGGGGAAGGAGGAGGGGUGUCUUUCAGAACUGCUUAAGCUCCAGCAGACGGUGAAGGACAAGAUCCACCAGAGCGAGUCCAUCCUAAACCUGAGCAGAAGCUUCCACCUCGCAGCCAAUCAGCUGGAACUGCUGCUUCAGUCAGAACCCACCAAAACAACUGGUUCUGCUGGUUUAUGUGGAUCCAGAGAAGCUGAGCUGAGUUGGUACCAAGAAGCUCGGCAGCAGAUCCAGAAGCUCUUUAAAACUACAUCGGUCCUGAAGAUGGACAUUUGCAGCGCCGUCACUCAGAGUGGUUCUGCAGGUUUCCAGACCGAGCAGCUGGAGACCCGUCUCAGCUCUUUGGACGCCCUCUGCAAAAAGUCGUGGUUGAAGGAAGAAGCAGGACAGGAAGAGCAGCUGACUCACCUGCUGCACCGUGACAUCAUCCAGCUUGGGGACUCGUUCAAGGAGCUGAAGAAACGUUUCAGCAACACCAAGAUCAACUUCCUGAAGAGAAACGACAGAACCAGAAACCCGAAGGUCGCCCGCAACCAGCUGCAGCAGAUGGAAGUCCUCCAGGACAAGCUGCAGGCUCUCAGGGAACGUGUGCACGGUGUGGCGGCCCGUCUGGGGUCAGAGGUGAGGGACGGGGCUGUGGCCCGGCGCGUGGAGGACGCCUCCAACGAGCUGCAGAGACAGAUGGGAGAGUUGGAGCGGAACAUCCGUGAACACCAGAGAACCCUGGACCUGACCUGCAGACUGCAGCGGGCCAUGGAGAAGUAUCAGUUCUGGUGUGAAGAGGCGAGCGCUACCAUCGCUCGGGUCGGGAGGUACUCUCUGGAGUGUCGCAGCACUGAAGCUGUCUCGGUUCUGUACCGGCAGUUCGAGAAGUUUGUUUGGCCCACGGUUCCUCAGCAGGAGGAGAGGAUCAGUCAGAUCACCGAGCUGGCUGUCAGGCUGCAUGGUGGGUAA